AUGAAAUUUGGUGAGUAUUUACGAAGGAAUUUAACAUCAGAAUGGUCAUCUCAAUAUAUUGAUUAUGAAAAUCUGAAAGAAUUACUUUAUGAAAUUGUAAAUAAAGCGCCAACAGACGAAAGUUCAUUGAGACAAGAAUAUUUUGUCCAGGCUGAUCAAGAAUUUCUGCAAUGUUGUGAGAGAGAAUCAAUAAAAAUCAAUACUUUUUUUGCACAAAAACUAGCUCAGUCGUUGCUGCAAUUUGACAACCUGAAAAGUGAACUUGAAUAUCUUGAAGAAAACGAUCGGCAUGACCAUUUGUUCUUUACAAAUAGAUUAUUCUUAAGAGCAUUUUCGACGAAUGAAAACAAUUCGAAUCAUACAUCGAAUUAUUCGCAAUUGCGAUCAAUACGAAAACUGAAGAAACAUCGCUCAAUGAAAUUAAAUGAUUUGAAAUUAGCCCUAAGUGAAUUCUAUCUGAUGUUAAUUCUCUUAAAAAAUUAUCAAAGUCUCAACUACAAUGGAUUUUGCAAAAUUCUAAAAAAACAUGACAAAUUAUUCCAAAUGACAACCGGGUGUCAAUGGAGAAUCAGCUAUAUUGAUUGCGCCCCAUUUUAUCGAUCGACUCGUGUUGAUGGAUUAAUAAGUGAAAUUGAAAAUGUUUAUAUCAAUAAGAUUGAACAUGGAGAUCGAAGUCGUGCAAUGCAACGUCUUCGUGUUCCACCAUUAGAAGAGAAUCAAUCGCGGAGCGUAACAUUCCGUCUAGGAAUGUUCUUUGGAAUGCUUCUGCUCUUAGUUCCAUUGUUAUUAAUCGUUUCUAUAUCGUUUUAUGCUUCGCAUUCGUCGAAAUCAAUCGACUGGCGUUCUGGACUUCAUUUAUAUCGUUCGUCGUUUUUACUUAUAAUUCAUAUAAUUUUUUUCGGAUUGAAUGUGUUCGGCUGGUCAACAAAUGGAGUUAAUCAUGUUUUAAUAUUUGAAUUAGAUCCAAGAAAUCAUUUAACAUAUCAAAAAUUUCUCGAAACUGGAACAUUUCUAAUGGUUUUAUGGUUUAUUAGUUUAAAUUUGUUCUUCGUAUGCUUUUAUUUCGAUUAUUAUCCAUUUGUCCAACCGGUGAGUUUCAUCAUAUUUCUAAUUUUAUUUUUUCUGAACCCGUUGCCAAUAUUUUAUCAAAAAUCUCGCAAAUGGUUGCUGAAAAAGUUACUUCGUAUAUGUUGUGCUCCGUUUUAUCAUGUCAAUUUCGCUGAUUUCUGGCUUGCGGAUCAGUUAUGUUCCUUGGAAUUGGUCUUUUUCGAUAUCGAAUUCUUCUUCUGCUUUUACACCAAUGAAAGCAACAUCAUUUCAUCGAGCUCAUCACAUAAGUUCUUUUGCAGUGGCUGGUCGCAAGUUGUCCUGCAAUCGAUAUUUCUACUGCUUCCAUCCUGGUUUCGUUUUUGGCAAUGCGUCCGUCGUUAUCGCGAUACAAAGCAAAGAUUUCCUCAUUUGGUCAACGCCGGAAAGUAUGCGAGUACUUUAUUGGUCGCGGUGACAAAUGCACUACGACGGACGAAGAAUUUCGAUUAUCAUCAACACAAAUUGGAAAAUCCUUUUUUGUAUUUGUGGAUUUUAAUGUCGCUUUUCAGUUCAACUUAUAAAAUGAUUUGGGAUUUGAAAAUGGACUGGGGCUUUUUCGAUAAAAAUGCCGGAGAAAAUCGAUUUAUAAGAGAACAAAUUAUCUAUCCGCGAAAGAUUUAUUAUUAUAUUUCGAUUGUUCUCAACGUUAUUUUGCGAUAUGUUUGGAUUAUCAAUGUUUUUAUUCAUUUUAACUCGUUAUUUGGAGAGUUUUCGGAUAUCAUUGGCUUUUCAUUUGCUUUGAUUGAAAUCUUCCGAAGGUUUAUUUGGAAUUAUUUUCGGUUGGAAAAUGAACAUUUGACAAAUUGUGGACAGUUUCGUGCUGUGAGAGAUAUUUCGAUUCGGCCAACACCAAAAUUGAUAAAAAAUUCGAGAACGACGCAACAAACGGAAGACGAUGAACAAUUAACGACUAAUGGAAUUCCAUUGACAGUUAUUAAUGAUUCUCAGCAUUUGUCUCGUUUAACAAGAAGAAAAACAAACGCGGAAGAGUUUAUUGAAGAAAUUAACCCGAUUUUAACAAUCAAUAAGAAUGAAAAUUAUUCUCUCGAUGAUCAGAUAGACUCGAUGGCAUAA